CAACAUAGGCAAAGUGCCUAAAGUCAUCAUAGAGUUUAGGUUUAGGUUUGUUAUAGCAGUGUCACAAUCACUUCCAGCAAACGUCAUUACCCCUUUUCUCCUACAAAUUCCUACACUAUAUUAUUUACCAAUUACCAAUUUACCACUACUUUUAUUUGUUUGUCUUACAAGUAUUACUUAUACCUCCUUAUAAAAAUUUCCACACAAACUCUGAAUUUCUAAAACUCCAUUACCAACAAUUCUACACACCCUCAUCAUCAUCAUCAUCAUCAUCAUCAACAUUGUUAUUUUUAUUCAAACCCAUUUAUACAUAAAGAAGAUCUCAAUACGAUGGCACCAGGAAGUGGCGGAACGGCUUCGACAACGACUAGGACGCCGUCAUGGAAAGAGAGAGAGAACAACAAGAGAAGAGAGCGAAAGCGUAGAGCCAUUGCUGCUAAAAUCUUCUCGGGGCUUCGAAUGUACGGGAGUUAUAAACUACCCAAGCAUUGUGACAAUAAUCAAGUUCUUAGAGCUCUUUGUCAUGAAGCUGGCUGGAUUGUUGAACCUGAUGGCACUACUUAUCGAAAGGGGUGCAAGCCUAUCAAACCCUUGGGCAUCACAGGCAGGUCUAUAUCAGCGAGUCCAUGCUCAUCAUACCAACCGAGCCCUAGUUCUUCUUUCCACCUGAGCCCUGCAUCCUCCUCUUUAGCAAGCCUUGCUUCAUCUUCUUACACCGCUAACACAACUUUUCUCCAAGGGACUUCUCUGAUUCCAUGGCUUAAGAACCUGUCACCACCACCCUCGUCUUCCAAGCUACCUCAUCUCUACAUUCAUGGAAAUUCCAUUAGUGCUCCUGUAACCCCUGCUUUAUGCUCAUCUCCUACCUCUCCGACAUUCAACCUUGUCUCUUCUCAUCAUCCAUUUGGUGGAUUCUUUACAGCAAAUGCUGUGGUUGGGGGAGGUUCUUCUCGAAUGCUGUCGCCUCUGCAAAGUGGAACUUGUUCUCCUGCUAUUCCUGCAGGAUGUGAUCACAGUGCUGGUGUUCCAGUGUCUAGAAUGUCAGAUGAGUUUGCUCUCAGGAGUAAUGCCAAGGGACUUCUCAAAGCAUGGGAAGGAGAGAUCAUUCAUGAAGAUUGUGGAUCCGACGAUCUUGAGCUCACACUUGGAUCCUCCAGGACAAGGUAA